AUGGAAGCAUUGUGGAAAUUAGAAGACAAAUGGAACCUCUCAACCCAAAAGGCCAUAGCCAUAUUCACAUGCGCCUCAUUCCUACUCAUCGGGGCGUGUUUCGCCGCCGCCACGUGGCGGCGUCGGCGGCGGCGCGUGCACCAAGAGGCGCCGCCGCCGUCGAGGAGGAGCGUGGAGGUGCUGUUGGGGUCGGUGGGGUGGAGCCGGCCGCGGAAUAUCGAGUGGGAGGAGAUCCGGCGGCCGGUGCUGGUGAAGAGGGAGGGGCAGAGCCACCACGACUCGGCCGCAGCGGUGUGGCAGCGGCCGAUUUUGAUGGGAGGGAAGUGUGAGCUGCCGAGGUUUAGUGGACUCAUUCUCUAUGAUCAAAGGGGCACUCCACUUCACCAAGGAAUCAUGUGCAAACAGGAGACGAUGCAGGCUCCAACUACAUUGAGGGACUUGCUAUGACUUUGGUGUAUUAUUUUAAUUAUACUUUGCAGAGA